AUGUCUCGUGGAACUAGUGCCGGUUUUGACAGACACAUAACUAUAUUUUCUCCAGAAGGAAGACUUUAUCAAGUUGAGUAUGCCAUCAAAGCAAUAUUACAAGGUGGACUUACAUCAGUGGCAAUUAAAGGAGUUGACGUUGCAGUAGUAGCUACUCAGCGAAAAGUGCCAGAUAAAUUAAUUGAUCCUAAAACUGUAACUCAUUUGUUCCGGAUUACAAAAAACAUUGGAUGUGUUAUGACUGGAAUGACUGCUGAUGGUCAUUCUCAAGUGUAUAGGGCUAGAGCUGAAGCUUGUGAAUAUAAAUACAAACAUGGUUUUGAAAUGCCUGUGGAAACAUUGUGUAGUCGUAUGGCUGAUAUUUCUCAAGUAUACACACAAAAUGCUGAAAUGAGACCACUUGGAUGCAGUAUGAUAUUAAUUGGGACUGAUGAUAGAAAAGGACCUAUGGUGUACAAGACAGACCCUGCAGGAUAUUAUUGUUCAUUCCAUGCUAUUGCAGUUGGAACAAAACAAACAGAAGCUAAUACUUAUUUAGAAAAAAAAUUGAAAAAAAAGAAGGAAUACUCAAAAGAUGAAGCUAUUGAAUUGGCCAUAUCAUGUUUGUCAAACGUUUUAGCUGUUGAUUUUAAACCUAGUGAUAUUGAAGUUGGAAUUGUGACAACCGAGAACAAGGAAUUUGAGGUCUUAAGUGAACAAGAAGUUGAUCGUCAUUUAACUCAAAUUGCUCAAGAGAUUAGCAAGUGCAUAAAAAAAAAAAUCUGA